AUGUCUCAAUCGUUUGCGCUCCUCCGCCGUCAGCGCACGGAUGAUCUCUCCAAGCUCGCUGAUCAGCACAUGCAGCAUGAUUUGCAAUUCGAGGAUCGCGACGCACUCAAAUCUGCAGCCUCUACUGUUUCUCUGUGGACAACAGUUGGAUCAGCUGUAGGUAUCGGACUUGGGCUCUAUGCGGCUGUUCGCUUGAGAAGCACCCGCAAGGCGUUUUUUGCUGCUGUUCGGGCGCAAGAGAGACCGACCAAGGUCGUCUUCGCGGAUGGGCGGACUGAGCCAAUUCCCGACCUUACACCGUUGCUUAAACCGACUACCCUCGGUGAUUUUGCGACAUACUUCUUUGCCUCUGCCGGCGGGCUAUUUCUAGGCGGAGAGCUUGGCUUUGCUGCUGGAGCGGCCAGUGCAAGCAGCAGCAUCUCUACUGACCCCGAAAGACGAAAGAGAAUCGAAACCGCAUUUCGGAGAUUCCGAGCCGAUGUGCUCCGACGAGAGGCCGAUGAAUUGGACAAGGGGGCAAAUGUUUCUGAUCUGAUGUUGUAA